UCUCCACCUGGCCCGCUCCCAGGAAGCAGGCACACCGGGACCAGAAAGGCGCAGCAUGGCCACGAAAUGUGGGCAGUGUGGACCCGGCUACCCGACACCCCAGGAGGCCAUGAAAGGGCCCCGGGAAGAGAUUGUCUACCUGCCCUGCAUUUACCGAAACACGGGCAUUGAGGCCCCGGACUAUUUGGCCACCGUGGACGUUGACCCCAAGUCUCCCCACUAUUGCCAGGUCAUCCACCGGCUCCCCAUGCCCCAUCUGAAGGACGAGCUGCACCACUCGGGGUGGAACACCUGCAGCAGCUGCUUCGGUGACAGCAGCAAGUCGCGCACCAAGCUGGUGCUACCCUGCCUCAUCUCCUCCCGCAUCUACGUGGUGGAUGUGGGCUCGGCGCCCCGGGCCCCCAAGCUGCACAAGGUCAUCGAAGCCAGUGACGUGCAUACUAAGUGCGGCCUGAGUUCCCUCCAUACUAGCCACUGUCUGGCCAGUGGGGAGGUGAUGAUCAGUGCUCUGGGAGACCCCAAGGGCAAUGCCAAAGGGGGCUUCGUGCUGCUCGAUGGGGAGACAUUUGAAGUGAAAGGGACUUGGGAGCAGCCUGGGGCUGCCGCACCAAUGGGCUAUGACUUCUGGUACCAACCUCGACACAACGUCAUGAUCAGCACGGAAUGGGCCGCUCCCAAUGUCAUACGGGAUGGCUUCAACCCUGAGGAUGUGAAGGCUGGGCUAUACGGGAGCCACUUGCACGUGUGGGACUGGCAGCGCCGCAAGCUCGUGCAGACCCUGACCCUGCAGGACGGGCUCAUCCCCCUGGAGAUCCGCUUCCUACACAACCCAGACGCCACUCAGGGCUUCGUGGGCUGUGCCCUCAGCUCCAACAUCCAGCGCUUCUACAAGAACGAGGCGGGUACUUGGUCAGUAGAGAAGGUGAUCCAGGUGGCUCCCAAGAAAGUGAAGGGCUGGCUGUUGCCUGAAAUGCCAGGCCUGAUCACUGACAUCCUGGUGUCCCUGGAUGACCGUUUCCUGUACUUCAGCAACUGGCUACAUGGAGACCUGAGGCAGUAUGACAUCUCUGACCCAAAGAAGCCCAUCCUCACGGGACAGCUGUUCCUGGGCGGCAGCGUGGUGAAGGGAGGACCCGUGCAAGUGCUGAAGGACCAGGAGCUGGAGUCCCAGCCCGAGCCCCUGGUGGUGAAGGGGAAGCGUGUGGCUGGAGGCCCCCAGAUGAUCCAGCUCAGCCUGGAUGGGAAGCGUCUGUAUGUCACCACAUCGCUGUACAGUGCCUGGGACAAGCAGUUUUACCCUGACCUCAUCAGGGAAGGUUCUGUGAUGCUGCAGAUCGAUGUAAACACAGCCCAGGGAGGGCUGAAAUUGAACCCCAACUUCCUGGUGGACUUUGGGAAGGAACCCCUUGGGCCCGCCCUGGCCCAUGAGCUCCGCUACCCGGGAGGAGACUGCAGCUCGGACAUCUGGAUCUGAUGUCUGUUUCUCGUCGCCUGUACACGUUCUGAGCUUUCACUUCCAGCUCUCUGCUCAAGCUUGGUCCCCAACUUUAGCCUGUGGAGAGGUGUCUUCUUUAGCGAGCCCUGCUGUGUGUUGCACGCUGUGCAAGAAAUAAUAAAUGGUGAGCCAUCAAA